CGUUCUUAAACGCCGACGAUCACCUCUUCUAUCCUGCCUCCAUGAAUAACUCUACUUUAGGAAGUCUGCCACAGACAUUACUCUCUACGAUUCAGAAAAUUCAAAGUCGUGACUCUGUUUCUCAUGCGACACAUCAAUUUGCGUCUUCUGCCGGGUCCUCUGGCAAUGUCCUGCAAGACAUAAUCCAAGCCACGAGCCAGCUAUCCAACUCGCUGGAUAUUUACAGCUCAGUGAAUUUCACGGAACCGAAGCUCAUCUCGCGAUUGAAAGAACAUGCAAAUGCGUCCCAUUCUCUUCACCUGUCAGACCUCAAUGUCCACCAAAUUGUCGAUGCGCUGAAAAAGAGGACGGGUGUCAAGUACGGCGAAGACAUACCCUUGGACCGGGCAGCCUUGGUGGAUUGGUGCAUUUCACGAUUUGAGGCAUGGGGGACUUCCGUGGGCAUGGAGACGUUUAAGGACGAAAUUGGUGAAGGCACUGUCAGUUUAGUCUUGGGUGGGAAGGUCUUGGUGGUAGAUGUCGAAUUCUCUGUGAAUCGGUCAGGCCGUCUCCCUUCCAUCAAGGUUUUGAAUGUCAAGACGUCUUAUGCAAACUUCGACACUGCCGGCUCAGCAUCCUUGGACGCGUUUCUGGCGACAAGCAUGUCAGCCUUCUGCGAUGCCGUACAGAUGUCUGAGGCCGACGUGAAUCCUCUGGAGGCAGCGAGGCUGGGGACGGUUGUUAACGAUCAUCUUCGCUACCUGGUUAUGCUUGACAGGCUUGCGAACAGAAAAGAUGACGGAGGUAUCAGGUGGUUCGUUGAUGUAGAUCAACUCUGUCAUGUCUUGGAGGAUUUUGCUAAGGCAGAGGCACUUGCGGUUUCUUCGUCGUUGAUGCAAACUGCACCCCUUGACAUUUUCUUGCUUCGUUCGCAUGCGCUACCACUUCCUUAUCUGAUGUCUCCCUGCAUAUCUUUCUUGAUACAUCUUUCUCCGGCCUCGUAUUUGCGACUCCUUCGUCAAUCGUCGGACGACAUCGCCACGGAUCCCCCACUACAUCUACCGCAACUUGACAUUCCCUUGUCCCGAAUACGAACGUUUCUAUCAUCUCGACCCCAGGCUGGUGUCGCCAUAGCCACACUCACACUCUCCCCUGAACCAGAUUUCCACUCAUCUGCUUCUGUGUCCAUGCCUGCAUUGAAUGCGCGACCGGUCUUUCCCCUUGUGCCCGGCGGUAUAGAACUGGAGCAUACAUUUCCACAGACAUUGGAUUCGCCUUUGGACAUAGAUGGCGAACCGUUCACGAAGCCUUCCUGGAUUCUUGAUUUCACUCAAGGUGGCUCACGCCCCGGAGUUGUAAUGAGCCAGUCAAGGAUGCGGGAGAUAGAGCUUGUUGUCAACCCUCUUAGCAGUAUAGACCAGCUUGACAACAUAAUGUCAUUCGGUACGGGCAGCUGGGUGGACAUUUUAUUCAACCCUUCUAGUGCAGACCCUUCGAGUCCGGUGUCACCAGAGCGUUAUACUGCCAUCUACCGAUCCCCAUCUUCCGCCCAUCCUCCCUUGCAGUUGCGGCUAACUGCGCCAGAAGAACCUGGUUUUGUGUUGGAAAGGGUACCUGUUCAUAGCAUGAAGGAAGCCUGGGGUGUGUUGGAGAUUGUUCGAGAGCAAUGCUGGCUGAACGAAAUCUUGUUAGGCUGCAAAUGGACGGCAGAAGGUCUUCCUUCUGAAACUGAUGUAUUAUCGGACGACACAGAACCUACGGAAGAAGACCUACUAGCCGUUCUCAGCGGUACAAAUGUGCCACGCAAAAUUCCUGUCAACGUUUUUCUCCUGCAGAGCCGGUUUAACGGGGAAAAUAUGGAUGGUAUGAGUGUCGUUAAUGACCAACGGCCAAGAAUCUUCAUGGUGGCUCCCGAGCGCCCACCCAUCUCUGGUUCAGUGGGAAUCAACAUAACUUACGACGAGUCGAAACCUAGAGGGAUUGGUGUUGAAGUCAAUGGUGCUAUGGGAGUGGAUAUAAAACUGGAUCUAUUGGAAGAAGUAUGUCGGCGUGGUGGGACAUUCGGUCUGCCAGGGCGUAUCUGGGCAAGUGCAUCCGGCUCGUCCUGA